GGAAAUAACAAACAACCGAGCUGUGACUGACUUUUGACAUCAUGGGUUUGGCAUAAUUAUGGUACAUGUAUUGUUACUCCCUCGGGAUAAAUAGCCCACUUACCUGCUCUGUGUUUUACACUCGGACACUGCGACUGCGCUGAGAACUCCACUGCUGCUACCUGUAGACACAGGUUAUAAACACCACAAUGGACUGGAGGGUUAUUCUGGCUAUCUUGUGUCUGAUUGCCACAACCACCCCUACAACUGCCCAGACUUCACCCCCAAGCACAGACAUACCCAGCAAUACAACGGCCCAGACUUCACCCCCAAGCACAGACAUACCCAGCAAUACAACGGCCCAGGAUUCACCCCCAAGCACAGACAUACCCAGCUCUACAACGGCCCCAACUUCAACCGCAAACACAGUUAACACCAGCUCUACAACGGCCCCAACUUCAACCACAAACACAGCUAACACCAGCUCUACAACGUCCACAACUUCCACAUCAAACACAGCUAACACCAGCUCUACAACGGCCAUGACUUCCACAUCAAACACAGCUAACACCAGCUCUACAACGUCCACAACUUCCACAUCAAACACAGCUAACACCAGCUCUACAACGUCCACGACUUCAACCCCAAACACAGCUAACACCAGCUCUACAACGUCCACAACUUCAACCCCAAACACAGCUAACACCAGCUCUACAACGGCCAUGACUUCAACCACAAACACAGCUAACACCAGCUCUACAACGGCCAUGACUUCAACCCCAAACACAGCUAACACCAGCUCUACAACGGCCAUGACUUCCACAUCAAACACAGCUAACACCAGCUCUACAACGUCCACAACUUCAACCCCAAACACAGCUAACACCAGCUCUACAACGUCCACGACUUCAACCCCAAACACAGCUAACACCAGCUCUACAACGUCCACGACUUCAACCCCAAACACAGCUAACACCAGCUCUACAACGGCCAUGACUUCAACCCCAAACACAGCUAACACCAGCUCUACAACGGCCCCAACUUCCACAGCACCAGCAGCUGCAACUUUCACCUUGACCUUCAGCAUCAAUGAAAUCUUUGUUGCAGAACUGUCUAAUCCGCUCUCUACACGGUUUAUAGAAAAAGCUACAAAUAUCAGUAAUCAGGUUGAACCAUUGUACAAGAAAGCCUUUCAAAACUUCAUCCGCAUGCAAAUUCUAGCAUUUAGGAACGGUUCUAUUGUGACAGAUAGCAAGCUGUUAUUCAGUUCUAGUGGCCCAAAUGUUGAUGUGACCCAAGUGACCAACACCCUUCGUGAUGGACUUAACAACUUGACCUUUAGUGUUGAUCCAAACUUCAGGGUCGUCCAGACUCUUGGUAAUUCCAUGUCACCAGUGAUUGCCAGCUCACUUUCCAUGAUAUGGAUGUCUCUUCUAUCACUUCUACUUUCGGUGGCAUUGCACUUCUAGCUCUACACCUGAUCGGAAAACAUCAAUGAUACCUUAAUAAUGCGGAUUUCUAUUUAACAAUCCGACCUAUAAGUUUGCUUUUUACUGAUUAGUAUUUCAUUCAUAAGAUUAAAAGGGAAUAGGGUGUUUUAUUCUUAUAAACAAUAGGUCCUUUCAUGAGAAAUACAAAUAUUUUGAACGUCUGAAACUGGGGAUUUAAUGAGGGUGGUCACUUACCUGAACAUUUCUCUACAUCUAAACAAUCGGAAGGAUUGCUGUAUUUUAUUUAUUAAAUUUAGAUCAACAGGAACAUUCUUAGGAACAACAGCUGUGUAGCUAACAGGGUUAAUAAAAAUUUUGUCACUUAUAUGCACACUUGUGUAUAUCUUCUGUAUAUCAGUGUGCAAUCAAUGACUAAAUAAUUUAUUAAAUAAACAUUGUGAAUUUUAA